AUGGGAAAUAAAAAAAUAGCGGAAAACGGGGAACGAGGUACAUCAAAACAAACAUCGAUCAAAUCGGAUACAGACCAGUGCAAAGGUCACGCGAGGGGAUCGUUGGCAAACUCAGGGCUCAACAGCAUGUUGCAGAGACGGCACUCCGCCUCAGAAAGAACUGUGUCCCAGGGGGGCAUGCACCAGAAACAGGUACCACAGCAACAACAGCAACAGCACCAACAACAACAACACCACACGCCGACGCCGAACUCAAGAGUGUGUACCCUGGAUAUAGUAGUGGCAGUGCACGACUUCAACUACCCACCGGCAUCCGCAACCAAUAAGCUGUCCUUCCAGAGGGGGGAUACAGUGUACGUGCUUGCCAAGAGCGCGUCUGGUUGGUGGGACGGGUUAUCCAUAGCAGAUACGGACAACAAAGUUAUAAGGGGCUGGUUCCCUUAUAACCAUGUCCGCUUGCUACGAGAAAAUGUCAGUUGUAACUUUAGAACCGUGUCUUCCGUCUCAAACAAGAGCUCAAGACGCACAAGCAUACACAAGUCCAGCUUGCGGAACAACGGGGCACCCCCCAUGGGGGCCCCGGCGGCGGCGGCAUCACAUUUGGACGUUCCUGCAGAGCAGGCCAUCUCCAACACGGGAAGAUCAGCAACAUUGCUGAGUCUGCCCCUGCCGGUGUCCAACAAGAGCAGGAGAGGGUCGUACCCUUACUUUCGAAGAGGCAGUUUUUUCAGUAAUCACAGCAACCAGUCGAAAAACUCGGCAAAAAGAAGCUCCAUCGUACUGAACAGCAACUCGAACUUCACAAACGUGAAGUACGAUGACCUUAGCACAAUCGACCCGUUGGACAAAACGGAGGGAACACCGGAGUCUGCACCUUCGUCACGAGAAAAUGACACAUGUCCAUCACAGGGAGAUUCGCCGAGUGGGAGUGUGCCGUCCAGUGUACCCCCAUCACUCUCCAAAACGAUGUCGCACCAAAGAGACACCGUCACCACGAAGAGGGAACAGAUCAACAUACUGUCUCUCGAAGAGGUCGAAAUGAUCAUAAACAGUUUCCACACGAACGUCUCACCAACGUGGACACCAAUCCCAAUAGUAUCUGCGACACAGGGCCCAGGGGACAAAUUAAUUUAUUACAAUAAAGAACUGGAUAUUUACUGCUCGGAGUUCCCUCUCGUCUCCACCACAGAGUCCAAGAUGAAUAACAAAAGUUCAGACGAUCCCGAGGAAAGUUUAGAACAAACCAGCGAGGAUGAGGGACAAAUCCCUGGCAAAAAAAUGGGCACUAGCAUGGAACUUGUGUUCCCACCGAAUGACCACCUAGUCGAUCUGAGAGCACGGAAUAUAGCUGAGAGCAUUGUAGACAAAACACGGUCCUCUGAAGAGGCAACAGACGGUACCGAGGAGGAGGAGGAGAAGCGGCAUUCUGUGGCUUCUACAGCGAAACCUAAAGGUAAACCAUCCGUGACAGGUACACAGGACUACAAAUCCAAUCACUCACAUAGCCAAACAUUCUACAGGCAGGCCAUCCUUUCCAAACAAGACCUGUUCUACCAGCAUUCCAAGGACAUCAGAACAUGGAUUGAACUAGAGGAUUUGACGUUUCACUACACUAGACUAGCUCACGAUAUGUUCAUCAGAAACGACCGUAUGAACUUCUCCAAAUUUUUCGAGAUGCUAUCAAACAUGGUGACAUACCUCCAACUAUCCUGUAGAUUGAUACACAAUCAGAUCAAGUUGAAAAACUCCAACAAAUCCGUUAAAAAAUUACUCAAGGGUAUGAUUUCCUCCCUCGCAAAGAUUAACAUUAACGCUAUAUUGUAUUUCACUAACGGACCGCGCUGGAAUGCAAAUGAUACAGGUGAUGGAAAUGCAGCGCAAAGGACAAGCUCUCAGAAUGAAUCUCGCUACUUUCAAGCCUGGCUACCUGAGUUUGGCCAUGACGAUAAUUAUGUGCAUAAUGACACCAUGCUGAACUUAAACGAGGAAUCUAAAGCUCCAGAUUCCGGUAUGAAAAGAAAUGUCAGCACCAGCACUACAGAUACCCUUAUCCCUGCCAGAAAUACUGAAACUUUUGACUCACUGUAUAAUGGAGACCCACGUGGGGUGCCAACUUCUCAACGGACUUCAAUAAAUCGCGGCCUUUCCUACUCGAGUGCGAAUGGUCCAGACAAGCCCGCGAAGAUUCAAGCCUUGCCAGAAAAGGUAAUUAACGUCAGAGGUAUCUUUGAAAAUAUUGACCACGAAUUUGUUAAAUUCAUGAAGGACGUUCACACACUCUACCAUAUUUUACAGACCACCGUGUUACAUAACAACGAGUUUCAGUUUUUGCCCCAAGUUCUCCCCAGAUUUUUCAAGGGAUCGUUCAAUGGUGGUUCUUGGACCAACCCAUUUGCAAAAUUCAUUUUCCCAUCUGAUGUUGUUCAAAGACCUGAUACGGCAACGAAUUUGUCGGUAGGCGACAGUAAUAGCGCAAUCCCUAAAUCGUUUGAUGCUACAACUGCACCAUCGUCGAAUACUGGAGUCCCAUUGAAGAUGACCAACGCCAUCUCUCUGGCUGCCGGGGUCAAUGUCCCUACCGAUAUGGUCUUGGACGGGGAUAUAUCGUCGGCAUCAUCUACCCGGUCGAGACCCUUCCAAUCGAUAUCGUCAACAAGUAAUCGACCAUCUCAUCCCCGAACUUUUUCAAGGUUCAAAAAUUUCAAAAGAAAAUCCAAGUAUCCGCUCAACAACGAUACAUUGAACACUAUGCAGAAGAUCGCUAACCAGAUUUUUGAGGAUUUCAAUACAAAAAAUAAUCCGUUGCCCAAUUACGACAUCAGGCGGAGUGUCAGGAAUUUGGAACUCAAUUCGAAAACGUACGACCAAAUCAACCAAAAUACAAUCCUGAUUGAAAUCUUGGAAAAUCUGGACCUAACGAUCUUUCUCAACUUAAAAAGAUUGAUCAAGACUACGCCGAACUCUCUAGACAGUGAGAGCGAGGAAUUUUUGAAGCACGCCAUGUCAUCGAUAUCCGGUGUGCUUAGUGAAUUUUACAAUAUUAAACAAUGUUUCCAUAAUAUUCUGGUUCGGCUGAUCAUGUCAGCGCAACACACCACUUUAAAUGAUCCAUACGUUUUCACUUCUAUGAGGCCCAAUCACCAGAUCGACUUCAAUGAGCCCAUUCUCCUAGAAAAGAUCACACUGAAUAAAAAUCUGACCAAACUAGAGAAGAAAUCUAGAAAGAUGUACGCUUAUUUGGUUAAAGAGGAUGUUGAAUUUAACAACGUCGAUUUCUUGGAUAUGUCCAAGGAUUUUUGCGUUUCAUCCGAGAAAUAUGUCGAAAUUGCUAAAGUUUCUUGUCUCAUAAUGGAGCAACUUAUUGAGGAAAGGGAAAAUCUGCUGAAUUAUGCUGCGAGAAUGAUGAAAAAUGAUUUGACUACAGAAUUACUCAAGGGCGAGCAAGACCUUUGGUUUGAUUACAACUCUGAAUCUGACUCGGAUGAUUUCCUCCUUGGUGACAAAGAGGGGGAUGAAAGCAGUACUGGCCACGAUGCAGGUUCCGAUGGCACAGUAUCUAACACGCGGAAGAAAAUGAACAUUGUUCGUCACAAGAGACAGCACAAUUCCGAUGUUCCCUGGUUUUUGCAAACUGAGCACGAUUAUGACUUAAUCUACGAUUCAAGGGGCCAGAUUAAAGGUGGUCCGAAGGAGGCGCUCAUGGAGCACUUGACAAGUCACGAACUAAUUGAUCCCUCGUUUAAUGUGGCCAUGUUGAUAUCCUUUAGAAGUAUCAUGUCAACACGAGACUUCUUGUAUGCCUUAGUGUACCGGUACAACUUGUAUCCUCCAGAGGGUCUAAGUUAUGACGAAUACAACACUUGGGUAGAGGAGAAGUUGACACCCAUCAAAUGUAGGGUGAUCAAUAUUAUGAAGACUUUUCUGCAACAAUACUGGUGUGUUCACUAUUACGAGCCAGGUCUCUCCUCUUUGGAGAGUUUUGCCAAUCUAGCUAUUUCUGAAAAGAUCCCCGGUUCUGACGAGCUUCUAUUGAGAAUGAAGGAGAAUCUAGUGGAGUCCUGUUUGCGUACUGCGAAAAAGACAUCUUCGGACAACAGUAGCAGUGACGUUAGUGAGAAUAAGAAGCGGUCUGAAUCCUCGAGUGGUUCAUUGGGGUCCUCUUUGAUUAGGUUGAAAAAAAUGAAAUUACUUGGGACAGAUCCGUACAUAUACGCUACACAAUUGACGAUUUUGGAGCAUGAAUUGUACUUGAGAAUCUCGAUGUUUGAAUGUUUGGAUCGUGCAUGGGGGAACAAGUACUGUAACAUGGGUGGUUCCGCUAACAUAUCUCAUUUUAUCACGAACGCGAACGCACUCACCAACUACGUCUCAUACUCGAUAGUGAGACAAACAGAGGUGAAACGGCGUGCUCACUAUAUCCAAUUUUUCAUCACCGUUGCUGAGCACUGCAAAGAACUCAACAAUUUUUCAUCAAUGACAGCGAUCAUCUCCGCGUUGUAUUCUUCCCCCGUGUACCGUUUAAAGCGUACAUGGAAGUUGCUUGCCCGUGAGAUCCGAGACACACUGAGCAAUCUGAACAGUCUGAUGGACUCCAAGAGGAAUUUCGCGAAGUACCGUAGCCAGUUGCGGUCGGUGAAGAACGUCGCGUGUGUUCCCUUCUUUGGUGUCUACUUAUCUGAUCUAACGUUUACGUCUGCCGGGAACCCAGAUUUCCUACACAAAAACGAGAACAUCAUCAAUUUCGGCAAGCGGGUCAAGGUUGUGGACAUCAUUGAGGAGAUCCUGAGUUUCAAGCGGGUUCAUUACAAGCUGAAAAGGUUCGACGAGGUACGGACGAUAAUCGAGGCCUCCCUGGAGGAGGUGCCCCAUAUCGAGAUCCAGUACCAGUUGUCUCUAGAGAUCGAACCGCGCAGCAACCACGCUGCGAACUCGAACCCACUGGACGUCGUGUUCAAGUAA